UCUAACCUGUUCCAUCAUUAUUAAUACGAAUAUCAAAAUAAACAAUUGAUCGAUGCAACUAUAUAAGCGUAUCUUAACUUCACUUGAAAACAUCAGUGUCUAGUGACCACUCUAAUUGUAAAGAUCGUCUUGAAAAAAAAAAAAACAAGAAAAAUAAAAGCAUGAAGAUCUUCAUUUUAGCUAUUGUUCUAUGUGCUUUGUGAAUGACAUCAAAUGCAAGUGUAGUUCCACUGGCUGCUGUGCGUUUUUCUCCACUAUUGUAUUCCGCUGUCGCUUAUGGACCUGGCAUUGUUCCUGUUAAUGCUCCUUCCGCUUUAUCAUCUGGAACUCAUGUCUACAAUGCUCCUCUAAUUGUGCCAGUUGGUUUGAAGACUGAAGCAACCUACACCGCAAAAACUCUUGGUUCUGAACAUGUGGCAUCACUUCCAGGACACUUAAACUCAGCUUCUUCAAUCAACUUGGAACAAGCACCAGGAUCCAAGGAUUCUAGCUCUCUUCCACCAUCAGUAGCCAUCCAUGGAUCACCAAUUCCAGCAGCACUUCCUCUUAGCAUUUCUCCACUUUUUAUUCAAGCACCACUUCUUGUACCAACAGAAGCUAAAUAUGUUGCCAAGAAUCUUGGAGUUGAGCAUGUGGCUCCACUUCCAGGUCACACUCUUUCAGCUACUUCUUUGAAUUUGCAACCAGCACCAGGAUCAAAAUAAAUGUUGAAGAAAAUCCCUGAUUCAAUAACAAAACAAGAAUAAUAUCAAAAACAACAAGACUUAACAUCUUCAAUAAACCCAAGCUUUGGCAUUAUACGAACAUUGUUUU